AUGGAAACCGAUUCGUUGCCAACAUCACGACCGAUUAAUGUUGAAUCAACAAAUCCAGCUGAUAUAUUUCUCAUGUUUGAUGCAAUAACCUAUCACAAAGAUGCAGUACUUAUUCGAAUGAUAAACAUGUUUUUAGGUGAUCAAAUUUUUCAACAAGGUAUUCGAAGUUAUCUGAAAAAAUUCAGUUAUAAUUCGGCAACUCAACAUGAUCUUUGGCAAUAUUUAACUCAAGCGACAAAUAAUACGAUCGAUGUAGAACAUAUUAUGACUGGAUGGACAGAUCAAGCAGCUUAUCCUGUCGUUGACGUUAAACGAACAUAUACAAAAACUGACCAACAACAACUUUAUGAUUGGAUUUUACCAAAUCCAAAUUAUUUCGGCAUCUAUCGAACUAAAUAUAGUUCAGGAAAUUUUCAUUUGAUUAUCACUCAACUUCAAACUAAUCACACGCAUAUCCCAACUAUUAGUCGUAGUGCUGUCAUUGAUGAUACAUUUGCUUUAUCACAUAUAUUGCUAGUAAAUGCAACCGAAGCCUAUCGACUAAUUGGUUAUCUAAAAAAUGAACGUGAUUUGGUUCUAUGGAUAACAGCACUAUCAUCAAUGAAUCGACAGGAAUAUUUACUUGGGGAUAAUGAAAUUUUUUCUGAAGUACAACAAUAUUUUCUCGAAUUGAUUCUACCGUUGUACAAUAGUAUUGGUUGGACAUCGAUUAAUCAAUCAAUAGAUUGGCGUCAAGCGUUGCUUCAACCAAAAGUUCUAUCUGCUGUCUUUUCUUAUGGCUAUCCUGAAUGUAUUGAUACAGCACGAAGUUUCUUUCGUCAACGGUAUCUAAAUCCUGUUCAAAAUCUAAUACCAAAUAGUUUACGUCGAGUUAUCUAUUGCAUUGUGGUUCGAGAAGGCUCCGAAGAAGAAUUUCAAUUUUUAUGGAAUCGUUCAAAAAAUGAAUUAGUACCCAGUGAGAUGGUUAAUCUAUUAGAUGGUCUUGCAUGUACAAAAGAUCGAUCACGAAUUGUUUGA